ACUUCUUGUUUAGCCAAUAUGGCGUCUUUUGUGUUAUGAGAUGACAACAUCGCAGUUUGUGUCCUAUUUGUCAUUUAUUCAUAUAAAAUUAACUUAAUUGAUCUACCUCAAAAGUUCAAAGAAAAUCUUAUAAUUGUAAUGAAAACGGUAAAAAAGUGGUAAAUUACUUGUCGAUUGAUUACGCAUUUAAGUGCAACUGAGGGAAAAGUACUUGGUUCCUGUAAAAAUGGCGGGUGUGUUAUCUUUAUGGUUUGUGUUUUCGUUUCAUUUGGAGAAAGUCAAGUAAUGGUUCAGAAAGUGUUCUAUGCGGAAAUUUGCAGCGUUUAUAACAAACAAAUCGUGUUCAGACACGGCAUGUGUUUCUCCUUUUGACAUUUGCCGAGACGAUUGAUUAGACGGAGUCGGUGCAAGUGUCAUCGCUUUUGAUGAAAUUAUCAGCAUGUCGCGCUGGGGCAGAGGCCGAGGCGGUAGCGUGGCCGUGCCGCUGGAUAGUGCUCUCUUCAGAGAGAAUAGUAACUGCCCGACAGCCGCACGUUCGGCGGGUACGGUUGGCAAGUGGGGGAUCACUAGCUUCACGUCGAUUAGAAGCGCACCCUACGCAUACACCAGUAAUAUCCUUAAAAAGCCUGUCCAAGAUCAAAAUAGUCCACUGACAGUGCCAGCGGUUGAAACAGAACAACCUCCCCCAAAGCCUAAGAAAUUCUUCAAGUCUCGUAAUGCUGAGGUCUACCCACCAGUUCCUCAGAUUACAUAUGCUCCACCUGUGCCAGCUGCGCCUUUAUCUCCGGAACAUCCUUCUCAUAGCAAGGAAAAGAAAACAACUAAGAGAAGCAGGGCUUAUACUCGGGACUCAUCUUCUCCUGAAUUACCACGCAGGAAUUCUGAAAAAUCUAAAGCUAAGAAGAGUACAGUUGCCACAAAGGCCUCCAAAAAAGAAGAUGCACCAGCAGAAAAUACUCAACCACCAAAUAAGCGGUACCUGGUUAGAAAUCGUGAUAAAGUGAUCAAUUAUGCUGAAGAUGGUAGUAACAGUCCCAUUCCAGAAUUUACUCGAUAUGAAUCAUCACAAUCCAAAGUAGUGUCACCUAAAGUACCUUCACCAAAAGCCAGUCCAUUGGCUUCCAGUCCCACUGUUAUAAAAACUGAUGUGACAAGCCCAUCAACGAGCAAAGAUGCAUGUGAAGAACGGAAACCACCUCCAAUAGUUCUUAGAAUAUCUAAAGGAACUUCUAGAAUAGUCAGUACUGAUUCAAAUGAAGGUUUUACAUCACCAAGCUCUGAUAGACACUCUUCAAUGGAUACCCAUUCGGAUAUUGGUUCGGAUCAUAAAAAGAGUCCAUCUAUGGAAACAAUUUGUUCUCCUAAACAUGAAGGUCUGAAAAUUACAAUUAAAUGUGCUGGUCUCACUCAAGAAGGCAAAAAGGAGAAGAAAAAGGAUAAAAAAGAUCAUAAGUCACAUAAGAGGCACCACAAGAGUUCUGAUGAUGAGCCACUAAAGAAAAUGAGUUCGCCACAACCUGGUACUGAUGCAUAUGACCUGUACAAAACUCUUGCAUCCCCUUCUCAGGAAAGUGACAAGGAAUCUAAGAACAAAGUGCUACCUGCAGAUGAUAUAGAGUCUCAGCUAGCUAAACUAGAUUCAGGGUCUGUUAUUAAGUCUCCAAGGCUGGAGGCUCAUCCUAAUGAACUUCCUCCAGAACCUAAACCACCAGAAAGUGCUACUGGAAGGUCACGGAGAAACCGGCCAAAUAUAAAUUAUAGUGAAAAUGAUGAUUAUUUGGAUGUACUCACAACUGGUUUCCCUAACAAACAAGGAACCAAAACUGUAAGUGACAUUAAAAAGGAAAGUAGGAAGUCCAGGAAAAAGUAUGAGACCUCUACUGAUGUAGCUUCCGCAGUCACCUCACCUGAACAUGAACAAGUUAUUGACAAAAUUGAAAGUCCAGUUGAGAAGAAUGAUUUAAUUGAUAUUUUGUCUGGUGGAACUGAAAGUGGUAAAAGUGGAGAAAAUCUCAAGGUUAAACUACAUAGAAAGCAUAAACAUAAGCAAAAUAAAAAUUCAAGUCCCAGUUAUGACACAGAGAUGCCUCUUGAAGAAAACGCAGCUGAACCAACAGCAGGCAGUGAAGAUGUUGAUAUGGAGGACGAAACCAAUGAGAUUCAUGCUCAAGCAUUUAAUUCUAAUAACACUCCAACUUACUCUCAGGCUAAUACACAGUCUUUAGAUUCUGCUUACAACAGCUGUCCUAAUGAGAAUUCUGAAGAAGAGGCACAGAAGCAUAAUCAGGAAGAUGUGUUUAAAUCACCCCGAGGAAUGUGUGAUGCUGAUGAACAUAUAAGUGAUGAUAAACCUAGUGUUAAAUUAGUUAUUACUAAAAAGAAAGGAUCAAUAUUUAAGAGCAAAUCACUUGUUAAUGAUAAUCCAUCUCCAUUGCCAGCGAGAAAGAGACGUCACCUCUACAGACAUGAAUGGGCUAAUGAUAAAGGAAAUGAGACUCCGCGACCUGAGCCCGUGGAGAAUGCUGAAGCCAGAAAUCAAGUGGGUCAGGUAUCAGAGGAACUUACGAGAGUGACACGGUACAGAGCUCCCGACCCUAUUGUUGAUGAUCCUGUUGAGGCUGUUAAGCCAUACACAAGUGUAAAGUGUACUAAAGAGGCUAAAGAGUACUACACAGUUGUUAGAAAUGUUAAGAAAGCACAUCAAAUCCAAGAAAUUGGAGAAUUUCAGGAAUUCAAUGAUGAUGUGGAGUACCUCUUGGACGCUUUACAGGAUAACAACCCAAUAUCAACUCGCUGUCUGUCUGCGAUCACGCUGGCGAGCAAAUGUACCGCGCCUGCGUUCCGCAUGCAUCUGCGGGCGCACGGCACAGUGCAGAAGUUCUUCAGUGCACUGCACGACGCCACUGAUGACCAGAGUUUGGGUCUUUGUACGGCGACAGUGAUGUUUGUAUUGUCCCAAGACCGUCUCAAUAUGGAUCUGGACCGGGAGUCACUAGAACUCAUGCUUAACUUACUCGAAUCUGAUGCUUCACAUAAGAAUGCGCUUGAUGACUGCGGUUUGACAUCAGCCCAAUUAACAAAAACACAAGAAAGAGUAAGGGAACUAUGCGCUGAAAUCAAAAGCCAAGGGAAAGCACAGCACUUGGAUUUAGAAAAUAUUACUGUGGGACAUUUGGCCAUGGAGACAUUACUUUCGUUGACUUCGAAGCGCGCCGGUGAGUGGUUCAAGGAAGAACUUCGUGUGUUGGGCGGUGUCGAUCACAUCGUCCGUACCAUUCAAGACUGUGCUGAGAAACUAGACUCGCCCGUGGCCAACUGGACCAGUGCUGAUGUUGAAGUACUCAGGAAAGCUGAUAGGUGUUUACGGGUGUUGGAGAAUGUGACGCAGGCCAACGAGGACAACCAGUCGUACCUGUGCGGGUCGGGCGGCGCGGCGGCGCGCACGGUGUGCGGCGUGCUGCGCGCCUGGUGCGGCGCGGCGCGGGACCUGCCCGCCCUGCGCGCGCCGCUGCUGGACGCCGCGCUGCCCGCGCUCAAGGUGCUGCUCAACCUGUCGCACUCCUUCGGCACCGCCGUUUCCGUGGGAGCUCAAGUUAUUGGUGAACAACCAUCGGUGAUAGAGACAUGCCUCAUUAUUUUGUACAAUCAAGACAACUUCAUUCCUGACAACAGAAACUUUGAGUUUAGUGUUUGUGUCCUUCUGCUUUUAAUUAACUUGGUUCAGAAUAAUGAGACGAACACGCAGAGGUUGUUGGACGUGCGUAUACGCAUAGACAACGAAGAAGACAUAAUGUCGAGGAGUAUUGGAGCUAUUGAUCUUAUUGUAGAUCUGUUUUAUAAACGGGAAGAACUUGCUAGACGUGCGGAAGAGAACACAGACGCACUGCUGGACGGUGAGAAGGAGCCUGAUGAUAAUAACGAUAAGAAGAAGCAAUCUCAAGACGACAUCGACGAGACUGUUGCCAAGUUGCUGGCCCGCGCGGGCGCGCACAUGGAGCACAGCAUGGUGGGCGCGUACAUGGCGCUGCUGCUGGGCCACGCGGCCGGCGCCGCGCCCGCCCGCGCCGCCGCCGUGCGCGCGCGCGUGCCGCUCUACGCGCCGCUGCUGCCCACGCUCAAGAAGUACUACGCCUUCCUCACGCUCACCGCCAGCGCCGAAGCAGCGAUAGUAGCGCACGUGAAGGCCACGCAGCGCAUCAUCGAGUUCAUGGAGGCGAGCGACGCCGCGCAGCAAUGUGAGCAGCAGCAGCCCGCGCCGCCGUCGCCGCCCGGCGAGGCGCAGGACAUGUCGCUGAGCGGCCUGCAGCACACCUACUCCCGCACCUACGGCGCGCCGCCCAACGCAGAGGUACACUCCUACCACUAGCGGCCCGCACUCACUCCUUGUUGUACGAGGCGCGCCCUCUCACUUGCUGAUGGAUGGUAAUCACCUACGAUUCCGUUAGUGCAUGCAUAUGUGUCUUAACAUGUAUCUAUUAAGCGUUUAGUAAGUCGAGGAGCGAGCUCCCCGAGUACGAUGUUAUCAUAAGACUUGUAUAUACGAAACAAAACAUCAAAGAAAUCCUUGUAUAUUGUGAACACCUUCUAGCAAUAGUAUAUGCCAUUUGUAAUAGUGAAAACAAUGUUAUAGGUGGUGGUCGUUUGUUUGCACGCGGCUAUAAUAAGUACCUCUUCUCUUUGUAUCGAUAUUUCUUCCUUCUCUAUGAUAUUGUUGUAAAUAUAAAAACAGACUGUUAAGGUGAUAGUUAUGUUGACGACAUAGAUAUGGGUUAUGAAGUCUUAAUUAAAUUGAGAUAUUCCGAGUUUAAGCCACUGAACUGGCAAUAUAAAAGUGCAAAAAUAGUCGAGUAAGUGUAUAAUAGAUAUGUAUUCUUUUAUGUGAAUAUUGUGUCUGCACUUUUUGUAUUAUACCGCUCCGAGAGAGUUACAAAUUAUUAGAGUAUUGUUCUAUUGAGGCACAAUCCUUUAUUGUAAAUAAAUUUUAGCUAGUACCAAUAGGUCUUUGUUGAGUAAAUUUAGAGUAGGUACGGUUGAUGAUGUCCGGGAAUGUUAAAACGUAAAGCAAGGCAGCGCCAGCGGCGGCCGCGUGACGUCAUCACUCGUACGACGCGCAGGGAACGCAUCUCACGAGAUGGUGCAAAAUGUACAAACACUAACUUCGAUAAACGCUCGCAAUGAGAGAAUGACCUAGAUAUUAAAUUAUAGGACAAUUUAUAAUGUUGGAUUUUUAACCAGUUGUAGAACUAGACGGCAUUUGAUGUUUUUAUUUCUCAUGACACUCACAUAAUGUCUGCAAGACUCCCAAGUUCACAACUCGACUGAUGUCCGUUUGGCGAAAUUUUAUUUUAUGUUUGAAAUAUAUGACUAUGUAAGGCACACGCAUUACUUAAUUUUGUCUAGUAUUGCAGUUUGGAUGUGUUUCUAAAUCAAGCAUCUGAAUAUGGCUAUAAAUUUUACAAAAAUAAUUUGUUUUUGUAUUCAUUAGGUGCGGUUUAUGCGGUCGAAUCAGUUAUUUUAGUUUAAAUUUUCUGAAAUAAAAAUAACUGAUAGUUUUUGGUUGUUUAUGACUAAAGUGGGUUGUUGUCAUUUACAUACCAUAUGUAUUUCUAAGAAUUAGUUAUAUUUGGCACAAUUUGGCUCUUUUAAGCACUUUAUGAGAAAAAUUAUCCUGUGUCGGUAACAAAACUUCAUUCCUAAUUUUAAUUUUAUCAAGUUAGGUUUUAUAUUUGUGUUUGAACGCAUUUUGGGCUGACCAGAAUCAUGUAAUGAACAUAUUGUGUGAAUCCAUCUUAAUGAUCAGUCCAGUAAUUACAAACAGUUGCGCGGCCCGCAUUACUUCACACAUGAUUGCGGAUUUACCUGUUACGGAAAUGUUAAAAGAUAAUUCUGCUCUACAUUACCGUAUGCCGACAUUUUUUCUGACAGCUUUACUUUAUUUAUAAGUUUUUUCUUAAGUUGAGUAACUAAGGUGUAUUUUGUAACAAAAGCUGUUCCACUCACAGAAGUUUGCGAACACUGUUGGGAAUAGUUUUAUUUGAAAGACAAGGGAUAUCAUUCUGAUGUUAACACUGUACAGCUAUGAUUCUUAUUGCCUAAAUUAUAUUUACGUAAUUUAUUGACUUAUGUAUGUAUGAACUAAGCGUAGCUCUAAAGUGCAUUUCGUUAUGAAAUUUUCAUCUUUAUAUCACCUGUGUUUUUAAUAAUAUGUUGUUUUAACUAUUAUCACGAGAGUUUGAUAUCUUGAGAAAUUAUUAUUGUAUAUGUAAUGUGUAAUUAUGUUAUAAAGUAUUACGUGUAAUUAUUAAAAGAAGACAAUUUAAAUAAUUUUGUAGUUUUAUUAUCUAAUCACGA